AUGGACGUCGGGCUCGCCGCCGACCUCGCCGCGCGCCUCCACGCCGCCGUCUCCCGCGCCGCCGCCGCGGCCGCGCCCGGCGGCGCCGCGGCCGGCGCGGCCAAGGCCAAGGCGGCCGAGUGGCUCGGCCACUGGUCGCGGGACCCCGAGUCGCGGGAGGCGCUGGUGGCGCUCGGCGGCAACUCCCUAUUGGAGUUUCUGCUCAGCGUCUCCUGCGAGGACCCGAGCCCAGAGCAGGCGGCGGCAGAGUCGGUGUUGUGCGACCUCCUGGCCAGCCACCACUGCGCCGCACGCCUGCUGCAGCGCCCCGGCGCGGCGCCCGCCCUGCUGGCGCACGUCGGCAGCGGCAAGGCGUCCGAGCGGCUCGCGGGCGCGCUGGGCGGCGCGGCGGGCGGGUUUGCCGACCACGGAGUGGGCGGGGGGGCCGCGGCGCUGAGCGGCGACGACGCGCGCGCCCUGGUGAAGCUGCUCGGAAGCCGCAACGGCCAGCAGCCGGUGCUCUUCAUCGCCGCCGACGCGGCUGCGGCUGGGGAUCUCGAGUUGGCAGAUGCCGCCAUGCAGACGCUCGUCCACGCGGCGCGCGUCGGCGGGCCGCUCGUGCGGGGCGCACUGAGGCAGCUGCACCUGCUGCCGACGAUCGAGGCGCUCGCGGCGGCGCGGGACCCGAAGCUGCGCGCGCGCGCGGUGGCGGCGCUGGCGCCGCUGCUGGGGGCGGGGCUGAUGACGUCAGAGGGCGACCGCGCGGCGUGGAGGGACAGGCUGCUUGGGUGGCUGGUGGAGGGGGACGCGUUGCCCGGGACGGCGGGCGCCGCUGGCGGCGACGGCGCUGCGGCGCGAGGGGGCGAGGAGGGUGGCCGCGAGGGCGGCGGGCGGGCGGCGGCGGGGUGGCUGCCGGGGCUGGGGUGGUGGCGGCGCGGCGCGGGGGCGCGGCGGGCAGAGGAGCGGCGUGCGGACGCGGGCGCGGCGGAGCUGCGAAAGGCUUGCGUCUCCGGCCUGACAGCCUUGGCGCGCCAGGAGGGGCACGAGGGGCUGCAUGUGGCGCACCUGUGGCUGGCGCAGCUGCUGGCGCACCUCGGCGCCGGCCUCGGCCCCCAGGCCGCCCCGCCGCCUGCCGCCGCCGCUGCCGUCGGCCGCGCGGCGGGCGGCGCCACAGCGGCGCCGUCGGAGCCGCAGACCAGCGAGCAGCAGCAGCAGCAGCAGCAGCAGCAGCAGCAGCAGCAGAAGGGGGGCAGGUGGUAUCAAUGGUGGGGCCGCGCCGAGCCGCAGCAGCCGGCGCAGCAGCAGCCGGCUGUCAGGGACCCGUACUUGGAAUUGCAGCAGCAGCAGGCGGUGCGGGACGGCCUUGACCUGGGGACCCUCCGCAACACCGGUCCAGUGACCGCGGCCCAGGCCGCCGCGGCGGCGUCCGAGCUGCGCGCCGCGGCCGCGGCCGCCGCGCGCAGCUGGCGGGGCGGCGCGGCACUGGCGCUGCCGGCCGACCUGCAGCCGGGGCUGUUCACGCCGGCGGUGCUGGAGGCGUAUCCGGCGGCGGCGCGCGCAGUCGACGCUGCGCUGGCGCAGCGCGCGGCCUGCGGCGCGAUGGAGGCCCUCUGCUCCAUAGCUGCAGACAAUCCGGAGAGGCAGGAGUGGCUCUGGUCUGCAGGCGUUCUGCCCAUGCUGGAGCGCCUGUGCCUGAUUGGGGACUGUGCUGACGCGGCCGCCGGCGGCCUCGGCGGGGGCGGCAGUGGUGCUGCCGCGCGCGCGGCAGCGGCGGCGGCUGCGGCCGCGGCAGGCAGUGGCGGGGCCGCCAUUGCUCUGCAGCAGCAGCGGCAGCAGAAGCAGCAGCGCGAGCCUGGGUCAAACAUGCAGCAGCAGCACGACUCGCAGCGGCGGCGGGACCAAGAGGGCGACGAGCAUGAGCUGCGGCAGGAGCUGAAGCAGGGGCGACAGCAGAAGGAGCAGCAGCCGCAGCAGCAGCAGCGGCAGCAGCAGCAGCAGCAGGAGGAGGAGCAGCAGCGGUCGUGGUGGUCAUAUCUGCCCGGGGCAAGCAGCUUCUCAGCACGCGCCCUCUCGCCGGACCCGGGCGCCCCGCUGCCGGCGGCGGCCGCGCCCCCCGCUGGCGCCGACGCGGGUGCAGCCGGCGCGCCUGACGAGGAUGCGGCGGCCGUGGCGGCGGAGGGGCUCGCGUCGGGGCUUGAGCUGGUCGCGGCAGCCGAAGAGGCGCCGCCGCCGGCGGUGGCGCUCGGCUUUGAGGAUGCGAUGUUGGGCCUGGGCCGGCAGGCGGCGCGGCUGCUGUCCGGCGCGGCGCUGCUGCCGGGGCCGGCGGGGCACGUGGCAAAGGGGCCGUGGCUGCGGUGGCUUCGGGACGCGGCGGCGUCGGACGACUGCAGGCUCUCCAGCUAUGCCACCUGCGCCCUGCUGCACCUCGAGGCCUGCCUCCACCACCACCCCGCCAGCGCCGCCGCGCCGCCGCCCGGCGCCGCCGUGCUCAGCGCGCUGGGGGCGCAGGCGACGGCGGAGAUCGCGGCGAUCUUCGAGGAGCUGUGGCCGUUCGGCUCCCACUCAGAUAACGCAGCCGCCGCCGGCGGCGGCGGCGGCGGCGGCAGUAGCAAGGGCGGCGGCGCGGCGUGGCGGCCCGUGGUGAGCUAUGCGGAUGGGGUGCAGCUUCUGGUGCCUUCUGACCCCCGCCACUGGGCGCUGGUGAGGCAGCAGCCGGCCAGCCUGAUGGGGUCGCUGACCGCGGCGGCCAGCGCCGCGCUCGCAAACGCCGCCGAGGAUCUCGGGCAGAGCGACUUUGGCGGGGGCCCCGGCGGCGGCGGCGCCGCGGGCGCCGCGGGCGCGGUGCUGGGGUCGAUGGCGGAGGACGACGGGGCUGCGGUGCGGCGCGCGCGCAGCCAGCACCUCGCGCGCGCGCUGGCGGGCGCGGCGGCGGGCGCGAGGGCGGCGGCGAGAGCGCUGCGCGGCGAGGAGGCGCUGCAAGACGCCGGCCUGACUCACCAGGCGCCUGACGGCGCCACCGGCAGUGGCGACGCGGCGCCCGUGGGCGAACAAGCCAACGGCGCCCCGCCCUGCAGCCGCCCACCGCCGCCGCCGCUGAUCGGCCCGGAGCCGCACAGGGAGGAAGCCGCCGCGCAGCUGCCGGAGUACGAUGUGGUGUUCAUCCACGGCGUGCGGGGCGGGCCGUUUGUGACGUGGCGGCGGGGGGACGUGCUGGGGCGCGGCGCGGCGCGGCGCAACCUGACGCACGGCGACUGCUGGCCGGCGGCGUGGCUGGCGCCGGACCUGCCGGGGGCGCGGCUGCUGAGCAUCGAGUACCACGCCCCCGUGACCGGGUGGGAGGGGGAGUCGCUGUCUGUCCCCGAGAAGGCGCGGGUGGUGCUGGACAAGCUGCUGCGCGCGGGGGUGGGGGCGCGGCCGGUGGUGUUCGUCACACACAGCAUGGGCGGGCUCAUGGUCAAGGAUGCCAGAUGA